CGCUCGGAUAUAGUUAUUUUUUAAAGUCGCAUCUAAAAUUAGGGUUCUUGAAGGUAAGAUGGGUGAAUUCGAAGGGUGGAGUAAGUGGGUGGAACCUGCGUUUUUGCUGUGGAAACCUGAGGAUCCUGACUAUGAGCGACCUGUGUACGAUCCUGAAAAGGCUAAGUUUACGGCACAGGAAGAACUUGAUAGAAUGCGCGAAGAAGUCAACCAGAGCGAUGGUUUUGAUAUCGACUUCGACCACUUUCGCUGCGUUUUCAACUACCAUCGUGCUUAUCUCGAUGAUGGGGAAUUUGGUGAAUUCGGGGACGAGCCUGAAACCACUGAGGAUUUUCUUAAAAGGCUCUCUCAGAAAUCUCUUGAGGACUACAAUUUAAACGAGAAGAGAAAAUUCGAGUUUGUCAGGGUUGUUAAAUCCAAUUUUCACUUCUCUGCGGGGCUUAUGUUUCUAAUAACAUUUGAAGUUAUUGAUCCUUAUGAUAGCGAGAUCAAACCCUUCCAAGCAAGGGUACGGUACCUCAACGAUACCUUCACUGAGUACGUCUUCUGCAGGCCCAAACCCAAUGCUGGAGUGGAAUACUUUGGGAAUGCCAAGACAGAUGUCGAGAAAGGUUUCAAGAAACAAAGAUUGGAGUAGAAGCUUUUAUAUGCUACAAGCCUACAAGUAGUGAGUAGCGAGACCUGAGUGGGCUCUCAUGUUUCCUUAUCCUUAUACGUUCUAAAUUUGUUACUUUAGUUCUUGUUUUCCUUGUGACAAAAAAAAUAAAAUAAUAGUUCUUGUUUUCCUAUCAAUUAAUAUUGGAAUGGUUCUAUC